AUGGAGGAGUGCUCUUGCCUCUGCGGCGCGGGCUCUUCUCGGGGAUGUCGGUGUCUUCAGGAGUGCCAGGGCCCAGCUGAGACGGCAGCAGCAGCGGCCGAGGGCAAGCAGGCCCCGGCAGAAAAGCACCUCGAGGCGCACGCGGCAGCGCUGUGCUGUGCAGGGAGUGGAGGAACCGCGAGCCCCUUGCCGCCCCCGCGCUGCUCGCUGCAGGACCUGCCGGUGGAGAUGCUGGUGGCGAUCUUUGCCUCGCUCCCCGGCACCGACCUGCCCAGCCUGGCCCAGGCCUGCACCAAAUUCCACCACAUCCUGCACAGCGACAGCAUCUGGAGACGGCGCUGCCGGGAGGAGUACGGCCUUUGUGAAAACUUGCAGGACCUCGAGAUAAUCGGUAGGUCUUAUCGAGAAGUCUAUGCGAAGCUGCUCCACCCAUACAGAAACAUUUUGGGUUUGUGGCAGCUAGAUUCAAGCUAUAGAACACUGCUGAAUGUAGUGGUGGAUGGCUUAUGCAUUACUGGUUGGAAGUACAGCCCUUCCCUUAACACCCAUGUGGAUGCCCCAAUGCAGUUCGAGCCCUUCUUCAGAAUUCGCCUGACGGAGAGGAAAUCAGCCACGGUGGAGUACAUGGACAACUACUACAGCUUGUCCCACCGCCGCCACAUGCAGAUUCAGAAGGACAGGUUCAGCAUCCAGUGGCUCAAGAGCGAUCACCAAAAGGAUUCACCUACGCGGCUUAGGGGAGAACGGGGACGGGUGCUGGUGCAGGAGGACAGACAGCAGUAUGACUGCCUGACCUACCGCCGCCUCUACCUCCCACCAAAUCACCCGGACGACCUCAUCAGGCCCGGCCUCUUCGAGGUCGAAUAUAAUUCUGCCGGCCUAAUGAUUGCCAUGCUCAGCUUCCGUGGGAAGUAUGCCAAGAUCUCGAAGAUCACGGGAGUCACCUUCGGGCAGAUAAAUAUCCACCUCAUGCGCCGCAUCCCGCUGUCAGAUGGCGAGAUCUUCCGCAACUUCAACCAGCUCUCCCGCGUGGUCCAGGAGAUUGACAAGCAGGUGAUCCGCGAGCAGCAGCAGCAGCAGCAGCAGCAGCAGCAGCAGCAAAAAAACGGGACUGAGGAAAGCGAGGGCCAUGCCUGGCAGAGCCCUGCCCAGCCCAGCGUCGGGGAGUCCGGGGCUGCAGCUUUGGAGGAGCAGCCUGUUCCGUUUGUUCUGCCUGUGGGCGUGCGAUCAAGAGACCAGAACUACCCCCGAACCUGCAGGAUGUGUUUCUAUGCCGCGGACAUUGGUACCUUUGAUCCCUUCGCCUACCCCAGGCGCUGCCCUGGAGUCUUCAUCCUGUUCGAUGAGAACCACUUCGGGUUCAUCUGGCUGGAGAGGAAAUUCUUCAUCCUGUACAGCAGAGCUGGGGAUGACGUGUUUACCAAGUUCUCAGCUUUGAUAAAGAACACCAAGAAGGAUGCACACGAGAGCCACGAGAAGAGCCUGCUGCCGGCCCUGCGGCGGCUGGACGACUAUGAAGUGAAGGGGGGCCUGGCCUGGUCUGGCCGGGGCCUCCAGGUUCUGGACAGUGCCCUCGCGUCUCCCGCAAUAGCCACCCUUCGCUGGAGAGCGCCCUGUUUUAGUAACGCCCCAGGCUGA